AUUAAUAUUUGUAUUACAAGACAUUAUUUGCCGGUUUUACUUUUGUUUAAAGUACAUGUAAACACGCGUAUUUAUACAAUAUUGAUUAUUGACAUAAUCACCUUGGAUUCAAAAUGGCGCAUAGUGUUUGACAGAUAGUAGGAAAAUGGAUGUUUUUCGGCAUUUUCGUUGAGAAUUAAUACUUCUGCAAGAGCUCGUGUACAAACCCCGGUCUAAAAAAUGGGUGUAAAAGAUGUAGAGUCGUACAAGGAGGAGAAAAGUCGUGACAAUGGUUGGACAUUACCCCCACACCCUCUACAGAUAGCAGCCUGGAUUGUCCUCAUAGUAUUUGCUGUGUUUUACUUUGUGUGUUUUGUUCCGGCACUCCACAAAUCAUGGCAGCCAGCAGGAUAUAUUGUUGCAGGUGUAAGUCUGUUAGCUCACCUGGUAUGCCAUGUAAUUGGUUGUACAAUAGACCCGGCUGAUCCCUCUGUUCUGAAGAAAAAAUACCCGAAGAAAAAAUUUGAUAGAUCCCAGCACAAACAUGUCAUAGAAAACUGUCAUUGUUACAUCUGCCAAGUUGAUGUAGAAUCCAAGUCCAAGCAUUGUAGUAUAUGUAACAAGUGUGUGAGUGAAUUUGACCAUCAUUGUAAAUGGUUAAAUAACUGUAUUGGUGGUAGGAAUUAUAGAUGGUUUCUGGCAACACUUGUUACAGCAAUUAUAGCAUUAUUUUUCACUGUGGUUGUUGCUUUAGUGGAAUUCAUUGCCUACUACACUGACCAGACAAAUAGGGCGAUUCUUCAACCUUACAGGGAUUUGAAUUCAAGUUUAGAUUAUACAGAAGCAGAAUUGACAAUAUUUUACCAACCGGUAGCUCACAAUGGAUGGCUGGCCAUGCUUGGUGUCUACUUUAUUCUUGGUAUAAUUGCUAUAGGACUGCUGGUACAUUUGUUUGGAUUCCAUCUUUAUCUCAUUCACAACAAGUUGAGUACAUAUGAUUACAUAGUAAGGCAACGGGACAAAGAAAAACAUGUAGAUGAUGAGGAUGAUGAACUAAGUAUUGCCAGUAGCACGAAACGUAGCAAGAGGAAUCGAAUCAUGCCUUCAACAGACUUGAGUUCAAGUGAUAAAAGAAAGCUGUCAAGGGAUAAUGUCAAAUCUGGCUUACGGUCAAGUUCAAAGGAUUAUCAGCGUAUUCUUGAAGAUGCAGAAGCUGAGAAUCAUCGGUCACCCGGAGAGACUCCGCCCCCAUCUGCCAGUCCGAUACCCAUGCAUGAAACAAAUAACAAUUGUAAAUUGAUGGAAACUCAGGGUGAACUUUAUGCGGAACAACUUACAGCUGUAAAGAAGUUACGGAGAAAGAAAAAGAAAAAGUCCUCAAAUGAGGACACAACCAAUAGUGCAAUUUCUACAGUGGAUAAUCCAAAGAUGUACCAGAACAAAGGGUAUACAAUAUCUCAUGUGGAUAUUCCACCUAUUGCUAACCCUGUGAGGAUCAUGCCUCCUCCGAUAGUAACCCCUCGGGGCAUAGGUCAAGCGGGGGAAUAUCACUCGGAUUCAGCUGAUUCCCUGCUGGAAGUGCCUACUGACAAAUCUUUAAGCUUCAGUAUGAAAGGAAGUGAUAGUGCUAUAAAUAAAGAACACAAACAUACGAAAAAGAAGCCAAAGGUAAAAAAGAAGAAAAAAGAGUUUGAAAGUCAAAGUGAUGAUGAGUUAAAUAGCAGGACGAUAUUUACUUUGAAUGACUCAGCUAGAUUAAAUCCAGAUGGAAGUUUAGAUUACACAGAUGGAUUUCAGAAUCUUCCGCUAACACCAACUAACCUGAGAAAAGCUCACGCUCAGAAAGACAAACCUGUGAUUAAGGAUAUACCACCUCUGGAUUUUACUGGGCUAAGGGGAAGUCACGAAAGUGUUUCUUUUCAGCCAUACACGGCCACGAUGCGGUCGACAGAUACAGUUGCUACGGACAGACUUUUACCGACGCUGCGGGAAGAAAGGAUUAAAAGUACCUUGAAACCUGUGGCUGAUACGGAAGUGUGAUUAUUUUAAUGUUGUGUUCUCUUUCUAAGAGUUUGUAGGAUAUUUAUAUUUUAGAUUAAGAUGUUUAGAUUGUACGUCCUAUCACUUAGUGAUACAUUAAUGGCUAGAUGUUUUACUUACAUUUUCUUAAUUGGAAUUAAAAUAUAAUUGUACAGGUAGAGUGUCUCACAGAAAAAAGAUAGACAGGUACUAGAUUAUAAAUCUGAUGUUAAGGAAUGAUUUAUUUUUACACAAAUGAGUAAUAACAGGCUUAAUAAGUUAUAGUAAGGUUACUAUGGGGAGAUAGUUAGGGUUAUAUGUCACAGAUAUGAAGUUUCAGGGUUAUAUGUCACAGAUAUAAAAGCAUAAAGGUUAUAUGUCAGAUAUAAAAAUCAGGGUUUUAUGUCACAGAUAUGAAAGUUUAAGGGUUAUAUGUCACAGAAAUGAAAGUUUCAGGGUUAUAUGUCACAGAAAUGAAGUUUUUUGGGUUAUGUGUCACAGAUAUAAAAGUUUUAGGUUUAUAUGUCCCAGACAUGAAAGUUUCAUGGUUAUAUAUCACAGAAAUGGAAGUUUCAGGGUUAUAUAUCACAAAUAUGUAAGUUUCAGGGUGGUGAUGCAUACUACAUCAAGACCAGGGAUGUUUGUAGUUCCAGGACUUUUAUUGAUAAGUUGAAAAGUAAUUUUUUGAACACCAGUUGUUGUGCACUUCUUAAUUGACUGGUUUCUUUUUUUAAAAAAAAUUGUUUUGUGGGAAGAAACAGACCAGUCUGGUACAGAAACCCUGAUUAGGUGUAUGAAGCUGUAUAUAGACAGAACUGAAAUACUGAUGAAAUACCUUGAAACCGAAACAAAUAAAUAGGCAACAUUUUACUAUUACCUUUUGCUAUCUGUUAAAAAUGGGUUAUUUUCUGGAAGAAUUUGGCAAUUGAAUAGAAACUAUAAUUACAAGCUUAAAUUGUCAUAGGCACCAAAAUUUUUGAGACUUGCAAAUAUUAUAGUCAUAUUAUCAGUAUAAAUAUGAGACAGAAAUGAUGUUUUAUCUUGUUGGAAUUAGAACCUGAAUACUUUGCGUCUGUAUUAUACAUUUUGAAACAGAAAUUAUUAUAGGGUUUUUAUUUUGUCAGUUACCCAUGUUAAUGGCCAAAAACCGUGAUAUUUAUUGUUUAAUGUCUAUAUUUUAGAAUAUGUUAUCUUUUUUUUUCACAAAAGAAAAAAAAAACUGUAUAAUAGUUGUAUAUAGUUGAAUAUGAAAACCGUUUCAGUAUAGCAUUGUUAAUGUUUUCUAUAUUGUAUGUUAGUUGUUAAUAUUUAUAUAACUUCUUGCCUAGAAAGCUGCGGUGAUUUAGAUGCUAUUAAUAGAUCAUAUGAUUAGAAAAAAUAUUGUUUUUUUUUUGUUUUGUUGUGUUUUUCAUAAAAAAAGCUAUUUGGGAGUCUUACACAUUUUUGUAGGAGACCCUCACUAAUGAAAUAAUGGUAUUAUUUGUUUAAAAAAAAACCCACCAAAGGUGACAAUGAAUUCACCAAAUAAACAAUCAAAUGUCCUUCCUUGUGAUAUAUGAAAUACACUCAAAAGUAUUAUGGAUGAAAACGUAAACACAUUUGGUUACAUAAAACAAGAUGGCGGCAAUCAAACAACUUAAAAGGCCAAUUAAUGAAUCUCGCGCAAAGGGAUUGUGGGUAUGGACAGGAAAAUGUUCUAUUUUUAGAGCUUCCUAUCCUUCUGUAUUAUAAGUCUCUGAAAUAGCCACAUGACAUUUUGUUCCAGAACGUUUUAUUCUGUUCCCAGAGACCUAUUAAUUGUUUUGAGAAUCGACCAUACGAUUAUUGAAACAAUAUGAUUUUAUAGUUAAUGAAUAAUAUUUAAAAAAAUAUCUCAUUACAUAUAGUUUUAUACCCUAUAAAAUGUUAAAAUAUUUUGUAAUACAUCAGGUAUUUUCUUGUUAGAUCUACUGCACACUCUCUCCAUGACUUAUUUUAUUCCAUUUUUUUCUGAUUUUCUCAAUUUUAUGUUUAACUUAGUACUACCUCAAGUAAUUAGACAAUAAGGACCAAUUUUGACAUUUGGCACUGUAGCAUUCAUGUUAAAGCAACUCCACUGAGUUUUCCAAAAGCAUAAAAACAUCAAAUUUGAAAUUCUUGUCUAGAUCAAAUGAAAAAUGGCAAAAUAUGCAAGAGAUUAAUUUAAUAUUUCAUAUAUCAAAAUCCAGAUGAUGAUCAAAAUUAAGCUGCCAUUUAUCUUGAUGGAUAACAAGAAAACACAGCUAUUUAACAUUGUGCCAUAUGCUCUUUACAAUAUAUUUCCAUCAUAUUUUGAUACUUUUGUACAGGUAUAUAGAAUCUCAAAAAAUGACCAAAAUAGGGUGGUAUUUUUGUUGUUGUUUUUUUAUAUUAAAACAAAGACUCAUACAGUGUCAUUUGUUACAGGGAAAUCUUUCUUUUUAUUUUAUCUACUAUACAAAUUCAACAUAAAAACAUGUUGUUUUUUUUUUCUUCACUUUUUCAUUUUUGUAGAAAUGAAGUAAUUUUCAUUAAAAUAUGUGCAAAUGUUUAUUUUAUGUGUAAUACCAAACAUUAUUUCACUAGACUUGCUGUUCUCAUUAAUUGAUACAUUGUUAUUAAAUGUCACUUUGAGGGCAUAUAACUUGUAUAUACAUGUAUUUUUCUUUGUGAUGUCAAAAGAUAAAGACAUUUUAGGGGUAUGGUAUCAUUUAAUUUGUGGCAGAUAUCUGGUCUUUCAAAAUUGGAGAGAAUUGUGGUCCGAAACAAAUGUUUUUUAACAUGGCUGAGCGGUAAAGGUUGUUGACAUCAAACCACCUGCCUCUUACCGCUGUAUGUUUGAGCUGCGGCAGCUUCUUUCAGAUUCUACAUGUGAGAAAGCUUUCCAGCUUUACGGAACGUCGCUGGUCCUACUCAGUUGCCCGUUCAUAAUGCACGGAGGGACGCCCGAGGUUUUCCUAUUCCAGUAAAGCUGGAAGGUAGCCAUACAACAUAUACGGUGUUGGAACAACAUUAAUUCAAGCAAAAAAAAAAAAAAAAGAAUUUUAACAUUUGAAGUACUAUAUUUACAUACUUUAAAAGAGUGUAUGCAGUAUAAUGACCAUAUUUCUUUCAUUUGUUGAUUUAAAGAUUGUUUUAUAAAUACAUGUAUGUUUGUGUUACAGGUGCUUUAUAAUAAAAACAUUAAGAUUUACUUCUUUCUGUAGCAGACUCUUGUCGUUUUGAAAACUAAAAAUGUUACGUAACAGUAAUUUCAGGCCUAGGGUAAUGACAUUACCACAAAUGCAUGAAUUAAAACUUGAAUUUGAUGAAAAGAUUAUAUUUAUAUGCCAUAGUGAUGUUAAUUUUUUAUUUGUUAACUGAUUGAAUUUCAGAAAAGACUUGUUAAUGACAUAGGGGUUUUUGUUUUAUAAAGAUAUUUUCAGAUAUACAUGUACAAAUGUACUUCAUAACAGCAUUAUUGUGUAAUGUGACUAAUGGUUUGAGCUAAUAUGACAUUGUUUAUCUUUGUUGUUAUACUGUUAUGUAUAUUUUAUUAAUACAGUCAAACAUGUGUAAAAGACCACAUGUGAAUAAAGAUCACCCUGUAAUUUAAGGCCUUUAUUUGACAACACAUCAAUAGAAUAAAUUAACCUCCGAAUAAAGACCACUUGUAUAGAAAGGCCAUGUUUUGGUCUCUCUCUCGUUCAGGUGGCUUUUGAUCACAGGUUUGACUGUAUUGUGCUUAAAUCUUUAAGGGGUCUUUAUUUGUAAUUUGUACUGAGGAGUUAAGGGCAUUGAGAUUGUCAGAUUACUUACAUGAAAAUUGUUUUCAAAGAUUUUAGAUAAAAAUAUUCAUAUAUAUAAAAAGAAUUGAAGGUGCUUCUUAAGACAGGUUACAGGGCUUAAUGCUUAUAGGAUGACAUGUGGGACUUGUUUUGAAAUGAAAUCAUCAACAAGAUUAUCAUUAGAUUUUAUGUAAUGAAUUUAAUGAUAGAUUUAUUGCAUUUGUUUGUGUGUUAUGAAGUGUAAAAUGAGUAUCAGAAAAUGGCAUAGUGAGGUAAAACACUAUGUCACAUAUGUCCUGUCUCUAGAGUUGUAUUAGAGUUUCCCUCGUACAAAAUGCAAACACGGACCCAAAUUAAUUACAUACUAUUAGAUGAUUGUGUGUACACAAAGCAAUUAUUCUGUGAUAUAGAUAGAUAUAGUAUUAAUGUUUACAGCAUGUAGGCUCAUGAUUAAUUGUAAGAUAAAACAAACAGAGGUUUUAUUGUCUAAGUUAGAAUAAGGAAGAAUUCAUGUUCUGAUUUUUCAUGAUGAAUUUAUUUUACAAAUGCAAACAGCGGUUAAAAUUGUUAUGUUUUUUGUUACUUGUUUACAUUAUGGUUUUCACCAGCAACAUAAUACAAAGUGAGAAGGGUGUUUUAGAAAACAAGAAAAAAACAACACUUACAUGUAUAUAGAAGGGAGAAAUAAAAGAUACAUCAGUAUGUGAAUAUAAGUUCAUAAUUGAAGUAUUUUAAAGAUAUACUAUGUGCCAAUUUGAUAUUUUAAAAUAUUGAAAAUUGUUGCACAGUUUCUUUGUAAAUAUAAAUUGUUUUGGUCACACAAAGUAGAUAUGUUCUGUUUUAAACUCUACACACAAUAUGUGGACACAGUUUAAAUAUAUAUUCAUAAAAAAAUAUUCAGAAAUUCAAUAAAAGAUUCAAAAAAUUUCAGCAACAAAAAUAUUUUACUCAAAGAUGAGCAUAGUAUAUCUUGAAGUAUUUAAGUGCUACAUGUAAUCAUGACAAGCUUUACAUAGCUUUACAUUAGUAAUCAAUUACACAUACAUUCAAAAUAUAUCGAAGAUUUGAAUUCUUAACAGUUACCUUUACUUAUUUUGUUUGUACCAGUAGUUCUGCACAUUUUAGACUUGUCAACAAAAACUGUGUUACUUUAUCAUUUUUUUACCAUGUCUUACCUUCGAUUUAAUUAUGAUUGACUACUUGAUUCAAAGGUUUUCAUGUAAAUCAAUUAGUAAACUCUCUGAAUAAAAUUUACAAUUAAUUUGCCUCAUACAAGGCAAUGAUAUAAGCUUAUUUACAUACAAUUUCAAUAUAUUAAUCGCGCAGAUUAACAGAUAAUUAUAAACAGCACAUUAAUCAUAAAUGACUUUAAUAUGGCCUUUAAACAAGGUGUGAGAAAAGUCAAUUUGAAAAAGUGCUGAGCUUUUAGCCAGUCUUGUAAAUUAUUUUACAUUGCAAAAUUUGUUUCAGGUAAGUGUUAUGCAAGCUUUUUUAGCUCACCUGUCACAAAGUGACAGGGUGAGCUUUUGUGAUCGCUUUUCGUCCGGCCGUCCGUAAACUUUUACUUUAAAUGACAUCUCCUCAUAAACCACUAAGCCAAUUUCAUCCAAACUUCACAGGAAUAUUCCUUUGGUGGUCACCUUUAAAAAUUUUUCAAAGAAUUUAAUUCCAUGCAGAACUCUGGUUGCCAUGGCAACCGAAAGAAAAAACUUUAAAUAUCUUCUUUUAAAAAACCAUAAGAGCUGGAGCUUAGAUAUUUGGCAUGAAACAUCGUCUAGUGAGUGUCUACCAAGUUUGUUCAAAUAAAAGCCCUGGGGUCAAAAUUGGCCCCUGCCCCGGGUGGUCAUUGAUUUUCCCUAUAUGCAUAUAGUAAAAACUUAAAAAAUCUUCUUUUAAAGAACCCAAAGAGCUAGAGCUAGGAUAUUUAGCAUGAAACAUGUUCUAAUUGGUGUCUACCAAGUUUGUUCAAUUAAAAGCCCUGGGGUCAAAAUUGGCCCCGCCUCGGGGGUCAUUGAUUUUCCCUAUAUGCAUAUAGUAAAAACUUAAAAAAUCUUCUUUUAAAGAACUCAAAGAGCUAUGGCUAAGAUAUUGAGCAUCAAACAUGUUCUAAUAGGUGUCUACCAAGUUUGUUCAAAUAAAAGCCCUGGGGUCAAAAUUGGCCCCGCCCCAGGGGGUCAUUGAUUUUCCCCUAUAUGCAUAUAGUAAAAACUUAAAAAUUAUCUUCUUUUAAGGAACCAAAAGAGUUAGAGCUAAGAUAUUUAGCAUGAAACAUGUUCUAAUAAGUGUCUACCAAGUUUGUUCAAAUAAAAGCCCUGGGGUCAAAAUUGGCCCCCGCCCCGGGGGGUCAUUGAUUUUCCCUAUAUGCAUAUAGUAAAAACUUAAAAAAUCUUCUUUUAAAGAACUCAAAGAGCUAUGGCUAAGAUAUUUAGCAUCAAACAUGUUCUAAUAGGUGUCUACCAAGUUUGUUCAAAUAAAAGCCCUGGGGUCAAAAUUGGCCCCGCCCCGGGGGGUCAUUGAUUUUCCCUAUAUGCAUAUAGUAAAAACUUAAAAAAUCUUCUUUUAAAGAACUCAAAGAGCUAUGGCUAAGAUAUUUAGCAUCAAACAUUUUCUAAUAGGUGUCUACCAAGUUUGUUCAAAUAAAAGCCCUGGGGUAAAAAUUGGCACCGCCCCGGGGGUCAUUGAUUUUCCUUAUAUGUGUAUAGCAAAAACUUAAAAAAAUCUUCUUUGAAUAACCCAAAUAGCUAGAGUUAAGAUAUUAAGCAUGAAACAUCUUUUAGCGAGUGUCUACAAAGUUUGUUCAAAUAAAAGACCUGGGGUCAAAAUUGGCCCCGCCCCGGGGGUCAUUGAUUUUCUUUAUAUGUGUAUAGCAAAAACUUAAAAUCUUCUUUGAAAAAACCCAAAUAGCUAGAGUUUAGAUAUUAAGCAUGAAACAUCUUCUAGUAAGUUUCUACAAAGUUUGUUCAAAUAAAAGCCCUGGGGUCAAAACUGGCCCGGCCCCAGGGGUGUCAUUGUUUUUAACUAUAUGUGUAUAGUAAAAACUUUAAAAAAAUCUUCUUUUAAAAAGCCAUUGAUGAGCUAGAGCUUAGAUAUUUAGCAUGAAACAUCUUCUUAUGGGUGUCUACCAAGUUUGUGCAAAUAAAAGCCCUUGGGUUAAAUUGGCCCUGCAACGUUGGGGGGGGGGGGGGGGGGGGGCCUAUAUACAGGUGAGCGACCUCAGGGCCAUCAUGGCCCUCUUGUUUAAUGAUUUAAGAGUAGGGCUUAUUAUUUAUCUCUAUGAUGAUUAUAAUAUUUUUUUCACCAAAGUAUCAACAGAUUGAUUAGACAAAAUAAUAUAAUUGAUUUAUUUCCAGGCAUUUUUACAUGGAAAUCAAUUUUACAUGGAAAUUCAAUGUUUAAAAUGAAAAUAAUAGUCAAACAUUUUUUAAAAACUUUUUUUUGCAUUUUACACCAACGAUGAUUAAGCAGUAGAUUUAUAUUAAAGUAUCAAACAUUCCUAAAUCAGGACCUAGUGUUUUCCGUCCAUUUUUAUUUACAUAUGUUAUAUACAUGCAUUCCUAGUCUAUAAAUAUUUGUAUAUUUAUUUUGUACAUUUUUUUUCUCCUGUGAUUUUUUCCUUUUUGUUUUUAUUUGCUUAAUAUUUAUUUGUAUAUUAUUAUUUGUAUAUUAUUUUUUGUAUAUUUUUUUACAGACAUGUUAAGUGCUUUAUUAGUUUGCACAAAAUUGUGAUAGUUUCUCUUUGCACAGAAUACACAGAGCUCAAAGGUCAUUAAAACUGGAUGCUGGGAACCAGUCUGAAAAUAAUGAAUUCCCAUUGGUUAAUCUUAUAUACCAUUUGACCAAUCAUAUUGCGGAUAUUAUUUUUAGAUUUGUUUCCUUAUUAAGUUUUAUUACCUUGAUCCAAACCUAUUAUCAUUAUUCUUUAUGUACAAAUGAAAUUAAUGAAGUAUUGUAUUCAAGCUUGUAUUCUCUAGAUUAUGAUACUGUAAGUUAGUAGAAUGGGAACACCUGAAAUAGUUUUACGUUGAUUACAUGGGCAGCAAUUAAAAGAAAGUGGUGUGGUAAUUAUAAUUUAACUGUAAUUUAAUAUAAAAAAAAACUCCAACAAUUUUUAGUACCAUUCUAUUCCUAAAAGUUUCUUAUAUUACAUGAAAACUAACAAAAACAAAAAAAUAGCCCAUUUUGUUUACCAUUUAAUAUCAUCGAUUUCAUUACCAAACUUAACCUUAUUGCAUAAUUUUAAGAGUGAACUUUUUAAUAUCAUAUUCAAAUGAUUUAUAUCUUUUAUUGAACUGUAAUUGAACUGUAAUUGAUAUUUUUGUAUUUGUCUGCAUGUUAAAGCCAAGUUUGUUUUCAUCUUGGUUAUGGUUUUACCAGAACCAAAUUUUUGUACCACAGACUGGUCCCUGCCUAUGUCAACAUUCUUUUGUAAAAAAACCAUCUUGAUGGCCAUUUAAACCACACUUUUUAUAGAUUACUCAUUUGUUGCUACAAACCACAUCCAUUACUUCUAGAAAUUACCUUUUUUCUGUUCUAAAGCACACCCGUCUGCUGCUGUAAGUAAAUCCUUUACUGCUAUAAAAAUCAAACCCCCUUGCUGCUAUAAGUAACUUCUUUACUUUUUUAAAACCCCACCUUUUCUAAUGCUUUUGUUCCCAGUUUUGCCGUGUUAAAGAAUAUAAUGGAAAUUACAUACCAAACUUUGAAAUAUUUCAUUAACUGUUGUAAAAUCUUUGUCAUAUUUAUAAAACCAUGUAAUAAUUAUUCUGUUAUGCAAAAUGGAGAAACAGGUAGAUGGCAUUAAAGGAUUGAAAACUUUAA